AUGGCAGCGCCCUCGAAACCUUUGGACUCCCUAGUUUUGUAUGAUAUUCAUACGCGCAUUGCAUGUGCUCCAAAUCCCUGGAAGUCGCGAUUGGCGCUCAAUUCCAAAGGCAUUGCCUAUUCCACAACAUGGAUUCCUCUUCCCGAUAUUCCCAAUGUCCGUCGCGCUCUUGAUGUGCCCCCAUGCCACCACAAUGUUGAUGGCACCGGUUACUAUACGCUCCCUAUUUUGAUUGACCCCAACACCAACACCAAGAUCGGAGACUCCUUCGAUAUUGCUGUCUAUUUGCAAAAGACGUAUCCAGCCUCAGGUGUGGGAGAUUUAUUUCCUCCUCAAAAGCUCGACUUCGUCUUCGAUCGGUGGUCUGCUAUUCUAGGGUCAUUUUCCAAGAGUAAGGAUAUUGAAUAUGGCAACUACUCCGACUUCAACGCUCAAGUUGAGGCAGCAUUCACGGCUUAUUUCGCCUUGACAAUGGAGAACUUGCCUCUUCACCCAGACACCGCCGAAGUGACAAAGGCGGAAUACGUUAGUCGCGCUGGGUUAACGUCGUGGGACGAUUUCACAAUGAAACGAGAACAACGAGAGAAGAUGAAUAAGUCUCUCCAUGGCAUGCUGGGUGAGCUGGGAAAGCUAUUUUCAAGGGACAUGAGUGGGCCUUUCCUACUUGGCAAGCAGGUCAGCUAUGCGGAUUUCAUCGUUGGUGGCUGGUUACGCUUGUUGUCUGUAUCUCUUCCCGAUAAGGAAUGGGAGGAGGUCAGAGCUUGCCAUGGAGGUAUUUACGGCCGGCUGCACGAUGGUCUGGAGAAAUAUGCGGAAGUGAAGUAG